CGGAAGAGAAGCGAAGGUCCUUUCUAGCCAUCUUGUGGCAUCUAGCAGCGAGAAGUUCGCACCAAGCCUCGUAGAAUCGGAGGAGAAUCCUGCUGAAGGGGCGCCAUCAUGCCCGGACAUCUGCAAGAAGGCUUCGGCUGUGUCGUAACCAAUCGGUUCGACCAGCUAUUUGAUGAUGAAGAGGAUCCGUUCGAGGUGUUAAAGCAGGCCGAGACCAAGAAGAAGGACGCGGCCGCUCCGGGGGCCGCCAAGACCGCGGCGCAGGCUGCCAAACAGCCCAAGAAGGAGUCGCAGAAGGACAGGAAAGUCCCUCUUCCCGAGAAGAAGGAAGAGACCACGACGCCUGUUCCUCUCAAGAAGGAGGGCAUGAGGAGGAUGGGCCGGCGGCCAGAGCAGCAGCAGGCUCAGCAGGGCUCUCAGCAGCAACAGCAACAACAACAGCAGCAGCAGCAGCAGCAGCAGCCGCAGGGGGGUCAGGGCGAGGGUCGCCCCCAGGCAGAACGACGCACUGAGAGAAGGCCUCCACGCGAGCGCAGAUCAGAUAAACCCUCUGAGGACAAGCCAGCCGAGGGUGGAGAGUUCUCUGUGGACAAGUCUGUUGGUGAGCGGCCGUUCCGAGGCCGUGGCGGCGGCAGAGGAGCCCGUGGAGGUCGAGGCAGAGGCAUGGGCCGCAGUGACGGAUUUGACUCGCGUGGCAAACGUGAAUUCGACAGACACAGUGGCAGUGACCGGUCCAGCCUUAAACCAGAAGAGAAGCGAGGAGGAGGAGGAUCUCAUAACUGGGGCACUGUCAAGGACGAACUGAGUGAGCUUGACCAGUCAAAUGUCACAGAGGAGACCCCUGAGGGAGAGGAGCACCCGCCCGCUGACUCUGAGAACAAGGAGAAUGAGGUUGAGGAGGUGAAAGAGGAAGGGCCUAAGGAGAUGACCCUGGAUGAAUGGAAAGCCCAGCAGGACAAAGAAAGAACUAAGGUUGAGUUCAACCUUCGCAAGGCCAACGAGGGAACUGACUGGAAGAAAGGAUACCUGCUGCACAAAUCCAAGCCCAAGGAUGCUCCAUUAGAUGACGCUGCUGGUGAUCACCACUUCCGCAAGCCUGCCAAUGACAUCACGUCCCAGCUGGAGAUUAACUUUGGAGACCUGGGCCGCCCUGGACGUGGCCGCGGAGGACCCCGUGGAGGAAGAGGAGCCCGUGGGGGCGGACCUACCAGACCGCCCCGUGAGCGCAGGCCUGAUAAGUUGAGCGGAGGAUCUGCCCCCAAUGUGGACGACCCGGAGGCUUUUCCAGCUCUGGCUUAAGCUUCCUGACGGGUAGCUCUGAUCAGCCUGCCACUGAGCCCUGCUUCCCCGGGCCCUUCGCUACGAGGCUUGCAUGCUAAUGGAUCCUUCAGCAGAUGAUAUGAUGGAAGACUGUCAUCCAUCCCACUCACCUCUUGUGGACUGAAUUUUACUUGUUUUAGAAAAAAGGAGAAAAUCUUACAAAAAAAAAAAAUUUGAAAGGACUUCUUGCUACUCAGAAGCAAAUUAUCGGUAGAGGUUUUGUAUUCAGAAAUAAAGUAGCAGGGAUGUUUUCAUACAGUAUUUUUUUUUUCCCAGACAUUAUGCAUUCUCAACGAAUACCUUUUUUGUACUGCUGCUUGCAUAUAUGCAUUUCCAAAUAUACGUGUGAGGGGUGUGUUAGAUUGUGGUGCCCUUUGGCUUACUUUCUACUUAAGCCUUAGAUGCACGGCUGGGAAUCACUCAACUGUUGCAGAGAAAGAUUUGGGUUAAAGACUUUGUCAUUAGCAGCUUCUGCUCUGAAAUCCUCAGUGAAGUAACAUGAUUUGUAGCUCAAGGCCAAAAUCUUUGAUUUGUCUGCCUUCACCAUUGCUAAUGAUAAUCUGAGAAGUUUUUUUUUUUUCUCCCCCCCCCCUGAGUUUGACUUAUUUGGCCAUUGUGAGAUUCAGUAUGUUGUAUUUGAAUUUCAGUGGCUUUGGUUGCUCUGAGGAUGGUGCGUUCACUCAUCACAGCCUUUAUAGGUUUUUUCAAGUCUAGUUUACAUUGUGCACUCCUGUUUACCUGAACCAGUAUCAGUUCUGAUUAUUCAAACAAAGCAGUUUAGUUUUUAAUUCAUUUUUAGGUUUUUCUUCUGCCCCAUUGCUUUUUACAACAGCACUACUGCAUAUUUGUUCUGAAAGAAAUGCCAGCUGUCCAAUGUGUAAUGACUGAGUGCUAUGAAACUGUGUGAAUUCUAACCCUGCUAUUAUUCAGACCUCUGUCUAUAAUUAAAAGAUGGUCUAUUCA